AUGGCGACGGUUCUCCCCCCACCUUCGAAGCGGCAGCGCCGCGAAGCUUUGGAGCGUACGCAGGUGCAGCAAGAUGCCACGCCUGCGGCGAUCCUGGCCGGGUCAUUCAAGGCGCGCUUUGUGGACAAGGAUGGAAAUCAAUUGGCCGAUACCAUCGAGGUACCCUUGGCCGACGCAACCGAGAAGAACGUCUCGUUACUACUCAACACCCUGCUGCAAAGAGAACGAGAAGAGUUCACGCCCUAUCGCUUUCGUAUACAGCUGCCGAACUCGGAUAUCGUGAUAGACAACUACCCAAGCCCUUCCGAGUUCCUCGAGGUCCUUCGGAAACAUGGCAUCGAGAACCCAUUCGAAACCACAAUCACGCUCAGUGCCGAGCCGCAGGCUGUUUUCAAGGUACAAGCUGUUACGCGAAUGGCGCACAGGAUACCUGGACACGGGCAACCAAUACUAGCAGCUCAGUUUUCACCUAAGAGCGGCAGCCUCCUCGCUACUGGGUCUGGAGGUAUGGACAAAACUCUCCGUCUAUUCGAUCCCUCAACUGGCCAGGCUAUUGGGAAGCCAUUCACAGGACAUUCCAAGUGGAUAACUUCUAUGUCAUGGCAGCCUUUCCACUUAUGGCGAGACGAUAACCCACGCAUUGCUUCGGCAUCUAAGGAUGGGACUAUCAGGCUUUGGCUCACCAACUCGGGUACAAUCGAACAUGUCAGAGUGUGGAAUGCGGUUGAUGGCACAUUAAGGCACAAGCUUGAGUCACACGUACAUUGGGUCAAUAGUCUCAGUUUGUCCUCUGAUGCUGUUCUGCGAACUGGUUUCUACGACCACACCAAGAAGAUACCGGAGUCGAUGGAUGAUCAGAGAGCAAAAGCGAAGGAACGGUUCGAAAAAGCAGCCAAGCACCAGGGCAAGAUUGUUGAACGAAUCAUUUCGGCCAGUGACGACUGUACAAUGUAUCUUUGGGACCCAGAAUCACAUGGUACAAAGCCUCUGGCACGGCUACUUGGCCAUCAGAAGGGCGUCAACCAUUGCGUAUUCAGUCCUGAUGGCAACUAUAUCGCCUCGUGCGGGUUUGACAAUCAGGUAAAGGUGUGGGAUAGAGACGGGAAGUUUCUCGCCACGCUUCGAGGACACGUUGCUCCGGUAUUUCAGUGUAGCUUUUCUGCGGACUCGCGGCUACUUGUCACGUGCAGCAGAGAUACCACUCUAAAGAUCUGGAACAUGCGCACUUUCAAGCUACAGGGCGACCUGCCAGGACACGACGACGAGGUUUACGCCGUCGAUUGGAGUCCUGACGGAUCAGUAGUUGGUUCAGGAGGGAAAGACAAGGCAGUCAGAAUCUGGAGGAAUUAA